AGGGACACAGGCAUGCUUUCACGAGCACUUGCACCCGCAAAACGCUGCUUCUCGACAAGUCCGGCACUGCUCAGGAUUGUGCCUGGUAGUUUAGUGGAACAAGAAUGUGGAUAUCCAAUCAAAGGCAAGAAAACCGUACUCAGCGAUAUCAAAAAUGCCUUCAACGGUAUCAGAUCAGGUGACAAUAUUUUCAUUCACGGUAUUGCGGCAACCCCUACACCGCUGUUAUUCGGACUGUGCGAUUAUGCAAAAGCGAACGAUCUUAAGGGUAUAAAACUGCAUCAUUUACAUUUGGAAGGACCAACGCCAUGGACUGCUGAGGAUAUGAAACAUAGAAUCCGUUCGAACUCCCUCUUCACUGGUGGUAACUUGCGUAAGGCAGUCAACGAUGGCACAGCUGAUUUCAACUCGACAUUCCUCCACGAAGUUCCACUUCUUUUCCGAACCGGUGCGAUUAAACUUGACGCUGCGAUUAUUCAUGUUUCUCCUCCAGACGAGAAUGGUUUCUGUUCAUUGGGUACCAGCGUUGACACGGCAUGUGCUGCAGUAAAGCAAGCCAACCACAUUAUUGGUUCGUUGCUUACUUAUCUCGUUCCGAAUGAAGCAGCAUUCAUGUCGUCAAAUAUAAAGACUUCAGUAUAUGAGCUAGUACUGCUCGAUCGUCUACAGCCUAUAGGGUCUGAGUACAAAUAUCUACCUGAGGCAAACCUUGAAACGAUGAUUUCAAAAGCCAUACCAAAAAACUUAUCAUUGGUGGUAUCAAUGACCAACAAGCACAUGCCACGAACAUUCGGCGACUCAGUAAUUCACCAGUCACACAUCGAUGUUAUGAUCGAGCUGAACGACCACCCUCUCCAUGAACGACCAGUGGGUGGACCGGCCUCACCUGAGGAGAUGAAAAUUGGUAAAAUUAUCGCCGAUAACUUGGUCGACAAUGGUGCCACACUUCAGAUGGGUAUUGGUGCUAUCCCGGAUGCAGCAUUGGCUGCUAUGGGUGAUCAUAAAGAUUUGGGUAUUCACACUGAGAUGUUCUCGGAUGGCGUAUUGGAUUUGGUUGAAUGUAACGCUAUCACAAACGCCAAGAAGCCACUCCAUCCGGGCAAGAUGGUUGUAUCAUUCGUUUAUGGAACGAAGAAGCUGUAUGAUUUCUUGAACGAUAACGUGAGUGUGAUGUUCGGUGAUGUGGCUUGGGUGAACGACCCAAGUAUCGUUCGAACGAUGCCCAAAAUGACAGCAAUCAAUUCAGCUGUCGAAAUCGAUCUCACUGGACAGGGUCCGUUAGGGGUUUUCUCAUCCAUUCACCUGACAUUACAGGGAUUUUGUAUGAACGAUUAG